GUAACAAGUAACCCAGAGACAAUAUUAAAGGUCGUUUCUGGAUUAAGCUCAGCAUCUGAGUCCUUUUCAUUUCCCUUUGCAGGGGAAUAGUGAAGAUGUGGCUGUGAACUCAGGAGAAGAGAAAGGGGCAUUUUGGAUCAGAACCCCCAAAAUUUUGGCCGGGACUCAAUCUUAGAAAAUUUGGAAAUCCUGGCCCCUUUGGAGGAGCAGCUUCCUGCACAAAGGGCCAAUCGGUUAAGGAGAAAUCAAACUGUUUGGCGGUGGGGAUCCUCCCUGGCCUUGACCCAGAGGGGUAACAAGUAACCAAGAGACAAUAUUAAAGCGGAUAAAAGAUUGUGACCAAAGAUUUACCUUGAAGACAACAGAGGGUAGAAAAUCAGCCCAAGGCAGCAACCAAGACGAACCAUGGAGCCUUGGAAACUCUUUGACCCCUCGCCAAACACAAGCAGCUCUACACCAAAGGACAAAAAAUCCCAUGAAUGCUUAGAGUAUGGGAAAUCCUUUGCUCUCCAGUCUCUCCUUUUGACCCACAGGAAGGUCCAUGUGGAAAGUGGAUCCAGUGAAGGUUUGGAGGGUGAGAAAUCUUUCUCUGGGAAAAACUCCAAAGAUCUCAGAAUCCCCCCAAGACUAAACCACUAUAAAUGUGAGGAAUGUGACUUAUGCUUUAGUCAAAAGUCAAGCCUUCUUAGACAUCAGAGAAUCCACACUGGACAGAAACCUUAUCAAUGUCUGGAAUGUGGGAAUUGUUUCCGUGAAAAAGGCACUCUCAGAGGCCAUGAGAGAAUCCACACAGGGGAGAAACCUUACAAGUGUUGGGAAUGUGGGAAGAGCUUUUCUCAGAAGUCAAAUCUUUUGGCCCAUGAGAAGAUCCAUGCAGGAAUAAAGUCUUACAAAUGCUUUGAGUGUGGAAAAUGUUUCACCCAGAGUUCAGGUCUUCGGAGUCAUCAGAAAACACACAGAGGGGAUAAAAAUGAAAAGUGUCUCGAAUGUGGGAAAAGUUUUACCUUGAAAUCAACUCUGGUGCAACAUCAGAGAAUUCACACUGGAGAGAGACCCUAUGAAUGCCCAGAAUGUGAGAAAAGAUUUGUAAAUUCUUCUCAACUUCGGAGUCACCAGAAGGAACACAGAAAUGAGAAACCCUAUGAAUGUAGGGACUGUGGGAAAAGUUUUCUUACACAAAGAGACCUUCAGAUUCAUCAGAGAAUCCACACAGGGGAGAAGCCGUACAAGUGUGGGGAGUGUGGGAAAUGCUUCUCCAGAAAAGACCACCUUGGAAGGCAUCAGAGGGUCCACACAGGAGAGAAGCCAUACAGAUGCGUAGAAUGUGGGAAAUGCUUUGCUCGUCAGGGAGUCCUUUGGACACAUCAUAAAACCCACACAGGGGAGAAGCCAUAUGAGUGCAACGAAUGUGGAAGAUUUUAUCGUACCUCAUCAGCCCUUAAAAGUCAUGUGAAAACUCACACAGGGGAAAAAAACUACAAAUGUUUGGACUGUGGGAAAGCAUUUGCUCAGUCAUCUCACUUUAGAAGUCACAGCCGAAUCCAUACGGGAGAGAAGCCCCAUAAAUGCUCUGAGUGCAAUAAAUGUUUUUCUCAGAAAAGUACUCUGGUAAUACAUCAGCGAUUCCACUCUGGAGAAAAACCGUAUAAGUGUCUGGAGUGUGGAAAACGUUUUGCCGGAUCUUCAGCACUGCGCAAGCACUCCAGAAGUCACAGAGGAGAGUGGCCUUACAAGUGUGCAGAGUGUGAGAAACCAUUUCUUUGCAAAUCAAAGUUAAAAUUGCACCAGAAAGUCCAUAACAGAGAUAAACCUAAAAUCAGCACAAGGCAGCAGCCAAGAGGAAGGAUGGACCGUGGGAAAGUCCUGGAUCCCCCAUCAGACACAAGAAGCACUCCAAAAAAACACAAAAAACCUCAUGAAUGCUCAGAGUGUGGGAAAUCCUUUGCUCGCAGGUCCCUCCUUUUGACCCACAGGAAGGUCCAUGUGGGAAGUGGAUCCAGUCACGGUUUGGAGGGCGAGAAAUCCUUCUCUGGAAAAGACCCCAAAGAUCUCAGGAGCCCCCCAACACUAAAACCCUAUAAAUGUGUGGAAUGUGGCUUAUGCUUUAGUAAAAAGUCACACCUUCUUAGACAUCAGAAAAUCCACACUGGAGAGAAACUUUAUCAAUGUGUGGAAUGUGGGAAUUGUUUCCGUGAUAAAGCCACUCUCAGAGGCCACGAGAGAAUCCACACGGGGGAGAAACCUUACAAGUGUUGGGAAUGUGGGAAGAGCUUUUCUCGGAAGUCAACUCUUUCGUCCCAUGAGAAGAUCCAUGCAGGAAUAAAGCCUUACAAAUGCUUUGAGUGUGGAAAAUGUUUCACCCAGAGUUCAGGUCUUCGGAAUCAUGUGAGAACACACACAGGGGAGAAAAACGAAAAGUGCCUCGAAUGUGGGAAAUGUUUUACCUUGAAAUCAACUCUGGUGCAACAUCAGAGAAUUCAUACUGGAGAGAAACCCUAUGAAUGCCCAGAAUGUGAGAAAAGAUUUGUAAAUUCUUCUCAACUUCGGAAUCACCAGAAGACACACAAAAAUGAGAAACCCUAUGAAUGUGGGGACUGUGGGAAAAGUUUUCUUACACGAAGAGAACUUCAGAUUCAUCAGAGAAUCCACACAGGGGAGAAGCCGUACAAGUGUGGAGAGUGUGGGAAAUGCUUCUCUGCAAAAAACCACCUUGGAAGGCAUCAGAGGGUCCACACAGGAGAGAAGCCACACAGAUGCGUAGAAUGUGGGAAAUCUUUUGCUCAUAGUGGAGCCCUUUGCAGACACCAUAAAACCCACACAGGGGAGAAGCCAUAUGAGUGCAACGAAUGUGGAAGAUUUUAUCCUACCUCAUCAGCCCUUAAAAGACAUGUGAAAACUCACACAGGAGAAAAAAACUACAAAUGUUUGGACUGUGGGAAAGCAUUUGCUCAUUCAUCUCACUUUAGAAGUCACAGCCGAAUCCAUACAGGAGAGAAGCCCCAUAAAUGCUCAGAGUGCAAUAAAUGUUUUUCUCAGAAAAGUACCCUUGUGAUGCAUCAGCGAAUCCACUCUGGAGAAAAACCGUAUAAAUGUCUGGAGUGUGAAAAACGUUUUGCCCAACCUUCAGCACUGCGCAAGCACUCCAGAAGUCACACAGGAGAGUGGCCUUACAAGUGUGCAGAGUGUGAGAAACCAUUUCAUUGCAAAUCAAAGUUAAAAUUGCACCAGAAAGUCCAUAACAGAGAUACACCUGUUUAGUCGUGAACAACCUGGAAUUUCUUUUUUUAACAUCACAUGUUAUAAUUCACCAGGAACUGAGUUAUAUGUGUGUUGGCAGAGAACUGGAAGUCUUUUAUUUCUGACCAUAAAUGGGAAUUAAUUUCUGAUCAUAAGUUGCUACAAUCAUAACGUGUACCAGGAUAUCCUUGUUAUUUUUUACUAGCCCUUGUUAAUGAAUAGGGAGAACUGAAGAUUUAGAGCGGAGAAAAAAGAAAAAUUACAACAAAGGAAUGUGAGAAGACCCCUUCCUGCUCAGAGACCCCCCACCCAAUUUAUAAUUCUCAGAUGGAGGGUCAUCAUGUGAAUUCUGCCCAGUGGCUGUUCCAGAUCAGUCUUAAGACCUGAUGAUACCUGAGUGAAAAGUUCCUGGGAGUAAAAAUAAAUAUUUAUGGUAGUGGCGGCAUAACGAGGCUCCGCCCACCCACCCAGACAUCAUCAUGGACCUUCUGCGGAUGCCCUUCUGCUACCUAACAGGUAGUGAAGAGGAUACCAUUAUUGGGGCACUUCUCUGGGCCUAAGCAGGAUUCAGUGGGGGAAGGGGAGCAGGGGGAAGGGGAAGGGUAGGAGGGAAGGAGAAGCCCAUUUGGCUUUCCUCUGGGGUGGGGAAGACCCAUUAUCCCCUCCAUGGUCUGCCCACUGCUCUCGCAGAGCCUCGCUGUGGUGCCUCGGCUGUGGUGGGGCCAGGAGGGUUUGCACAAGAAGAGAAGGAGGGGGAGGGAAGCCUCCACCGUGGGUUGACUCCUUCCUCACCCAGCCCCAAGGAGAGCAUGCAGGGCUUUCCAAGACGGUGAGAAGAGAGAGGGAGACAGACAGACAGUCAGAGUGUGGGGAGUGUCAGCCUCUGCUUUGCUACUGC